AUGGAUGUAAGUUAUCUGCUAUCAAACGCUCAAGCGGAAACUCAAGCAAAGCUCUCAGACGCUACGAAAAAAGUCCUUGAAAACGGUAUCAGUACGGACGAAGGUAUCUAUGGCGUCUUGAAGGGCGGGGCUUUCCUUAAUAACCACUUCUCCGCCACCGAACGUUCCGAAGAUGAAAUACGAAGUGCAAUCUCAGCGGUGGCCCGAGCACGGCUAAUUGCAGCUAUCUGGAAAGCCACUAAACCAUGCACCCAAGAUGGAACAAAUGGCGCCUUGCCUGGUGAUGAUGUGAUGAUGAAUAUCGUACAAUCGUUCAAAGGCAAACUGCUUGAACAUUUUCCAUCAGCCAAGCUACUUUCUGCCAAGUACAACCUCACAACACAGUACUUCGUUGAGCACUCUUGGGAUUGCCAGCAAAAGUAUGGAAGUUACAAUUACGAUCCGUAUAAAAAAACAAUACUUCCGGCAAACCCAGACGCUGAAUGUAUUGUGAGCCUCUCUGUUUGCGACCUGACGCGGAAAGAUUUACAAAAGGCAGCAAAUAAAAUGGGAGCUCUCAAAGCUUGUCGAGACGUUGGCCAGCUCCCAGGUAUUUGA